AUGUCCCUCAACCAAGAACUCGAUGUUCUGUGGAAUGCUGUUUGUGCUUUUCCGUCAUCGCUUCUUUCCUGGUUGCAAUCGUGUACGGACGUUGGUCAAGUGCGUCGGGGUGUCGAUGAAGGACUCAGCGGCGAAUACGGCCCCAAUGGCGAACCUAUGCUCGACUGGUUCCACUGUGGUAUCUGCUGCCUCGACUGCUUCGUUCGCUUGAAUUUCGUUGGCCCCGUGGGAGAUGUGCCGUGGUUGCCGGCAUUCUCCAUCGAUGAAGCGUUCGACCGAUCGAUCAUCGAUGGCGACCUUUCCUGCGACUCGGACUCUGCGUUCGAUCUGUGUCGAAGGCCUUUCCUGUUGCUGUUCGCCAAAUGGAUCCUCGUUGACAAGUUCAAUCUAUUGAGCAGCCGUUUCCGCACCUCCAUUUGGUGGGCAAUCAGAACUUUAUGGAUUUGGCAGAAGUUAUUUGAGGAUGUAAAGGUUCCUUUAAGGAAAGCGACCCUUGAAGUUUUAGAGAACGAGUCGCGUGUAUGCGAAUUGUUGCAGAGUUUACCGACUGAGCUGCAAUCGUGCUUCUGGACCGAACUCAGUUACGUGUACUCAUUUUGGUACGAUCAGAAAUCAGCCUCUGAGGCAUUAUCUCGCAGCUUGAAUCUUUGCGGCGUCGAGAUCCGGACGAAAGGUGUUUUGGGCCUGCGGACCAAGUUUCAGUCUAAACAGGUGGCCCAACUGACAUUGGAUAUAAAGAGCUCGACUACUGUUCAGCACAUUAGGCCUAAUAAAGAAAACGAGCUGGUUCCUUUGAAUUUGAGUUUGGACGAUGACACACUACUCAGCGAGGUGAAGUACUUGUCGAACGGAUUGGACUCUAGCCAAGCCAGUGUAUACCUCCAACUGAUCCUGCUUGCCAGGUUUAACGAUAUUCGAAAAUUCAAUCCCAAGACCUAUCUUUUGCUACUUCGGCAACCGAAGAACUACGUGAUUCAGUUUAUGGCGUUGUACUUUCGAUGUCAAUUGGAGUCCGUUCGGCGCCGCAAGGUUGAACGAGCAUUGAAGCAGAUGGAGGAGCUAAUUAAUGGUUUCUCUGCCGAAGAACCUCCUUUUCAAUCCCGAUCUGUUUUCAUGUAUUCCGUGAACUUACCACCUAUAUGGACUCAGAAACGAUUACUUGCAGAUUUGUUGUUUGUCCUUGGCUGCACCAGAGAGGCGAUGGAAAACUACCAUCGUCUGAAUGACUGGGAAAACACUGUCAAGUGCUAUAAAGCGAUGGGCAUGCUGGAAAAAGCUGAAGAUUUGAUCAGGGACCAGCUGCGAUUACGCCAGACACCGCUGCUGCUGUGUUAUUUAGGUGACGUCACCUCUAACCCUGCAUGUUACGAGCAGGCUUGGCAGCUUUCGGGAAAUCGUUUUGCCCGGGCAGGGCAGUUCGAGCAGGCCGUCGUUGCUUUUCAGAAAUCCUUGGAGCUCCAACCAUUGCAAAUGAAAGCAUGGUAUCAUAUGGGCUACUGCGCGUUGCAGCUGAAGGACUACGCUUCAGCCGCAAACGCCUACCAACAUUGCACCUCAAUCGAGCCGGACAACUUCGAAGCGUGGAAUAACCUCGCCGCUUCCUACGUGGAGCUGAAGCAGUACGAACGUGCGUUCAUGAUUCUGAACGAGGCUCUAAAGCACGACUAUGAAAAUUGGAAAGUUUGGGACAACUUUGUUCUGGUUGCCGUAAGUAGCAACCACCUUCAGGAGGCGAUCGAUGGCAUCCAUCGCCUGCUGGACCUCCACGGUAAAUACACGGAUUACAAGGUGCUAGGAUGCUUUGUACGACCGGACGAUGAUCACCUCUGGCGGUUGUACGCUGAACUUUGUGAUCCUGAAUCGGAUGGCUCAAGCGAAAACAACACGGAAUCGUUGGAAAAGUACUUACAUCUUCGUCAGAAGGCCUACCAUAUGUCUAUGCGGCAGAACAGCUGGGUCGAAAACGAAACGGGUUUACGAACAGUGAUUAAUGACGUUACAAAACUCGCCGAGGCACAGCUAAAACUGGCAGAUCGUGUUGAAGAAAGUAAGGCCAAACAGCUGAAGAAUAAUGCUCGAUUGAACUUGAAUACCGUACUCAAAAGGAUACAUGGAGAUGUUCAGUCUAAAUUGCCAGACGAUUUACAGCAGUCCCUUUUGAGACUGGAAGUGGUACAGCGGGUGAGUUGA